AGUACCACCAUAUUUUUCUGUCCAUGGACCAUGGAUGUUGGGUUUGACUGGUUCAGAAUUCCUUUUUCCUGCAUGUUGACUGUAAUCUGAUCUCUCUUGCAAGUUGUUGAACUGUGGAACAUUUCAAAGGAUGGUCCCUCCACUUACCACUCCUAGUACGAUACUAACAUAGAAUUGUGCUUUGUCUUACUCAUGCAUGCUAGAGAUUCUAUGUUUUGUACGGUUUACCUUUUCUAGAAGCGUAAGCAGAAGUAGUCAAUGUUUGACUGAGCUCUCUUUCUUUUUUAGCUUUCAUCUAAGCGAAGAUUGGCUUCAAGCUCUUUGCUUUGCUUUGGCUUUCUGGGAAUUUUCCAUCAUUAAUAAAGAUUGAGAAAACAAAAGGCUUAUAGAUUAGGGAACUCAAAGGUAGAUAAUUCACAGAGAAAAUGGAUGUUCCUAUGGGAUUCUUGGGCUACUUUUGUUACUUUAUCUUUUUUCUUCCAGUUUUUUUUGUUCUAUUCGUCCUUGGAAUGAUCAAAGGUGCUAUUUUCAGCCCCUUUGUGUUUCUGGUUAUUGCUUUUGGAGAUACUGGUGUUGUCAUAGGUUUAUGGCCCCUUCAUCUUGUUUGGAGUAUCUACUGCUUAAUCAAAACAAAGAAAUUUGGCCCAUGUAUGAAGUGCCUCUUGAUUUUACUAGUCCCAAUACCAAUAGCAUUGUGGACUGUUAUUGGAGUUGCUGGGAGUGCGAUUAUGGGUGCUGGAUAUGGUUUCGUUUGGCCUGUAAUGGAGACAUUUAGGGCUAUCAGUAAGAAAGGUCCAAUCCACAUGAAGUUGAUCAGAUGCUUGACACAGGAUGGCACCUGGACCUGUGUUUGGGGAGCAUGUACGGUUGUCCGUGAUUUUUCAGAUUUUUCCUUCCACUCAUACUUCUCUGUUAUGGAUGAGCUGCUCGAGUCAAAGGAUGAGGAACCCAUGGAACUCAAGGUUGCUCAGAUACCUGGUUGCAUUCUAGCAGCAAUUCUAGGGAUUUUGGUUGAUGUGCCUGUUAUAACUUUAAUAGUUCUGUAUAAAGCGCCUAUAUUACUGUUCAAAGGGUGGCACCGGCUAAUACAAGAUCUUACUGGGAGGGCAGGCCCAUUUUUGGAAACUGUUUGUGUUCCAUUUGCUGGGUUUUGGAUUCUGUUGUGGCCAAUUGUGGUUCUGCUGGCAACUUUGGCAGGCAUGAUUUCAAGUUUUGGGUUUGGCUGUUAUGCUACAGUUGUUGCAUAUCAGGAAAAUUCUACUAAGAGGGGAUUGCUUUAUGUGAUUGCUUCUGCAUCUGUAUUUGAUGAGUACACCAAUGAUUUGCUGUACCUGCAAGAAGGUUCAUGCUUCCCCAGACCUAAAUAUCGCGAACGAGUUAGUCCCAGUUGUUCACUGCAAUAUUCACUUUCAGUAAAGAGACUGCAGGAACAGUUUGAUGGUGCUCAUAUUGGUGAAACAUUUAAAACAACUUCUACAGAGAAAGCUAAUACACUGAAGACUGCCGUGAUAUGGGAUAGCUUCUUUAAAGCAUUUGAAGACACUGGGAAAGAGCUUCUUAGAGAUAAAGCCAUUGGAGUUUCGGAUCUAGAUGCCUGGCAAAACUCAAAAUCAAAUAUUAUCAACAUUGGAAUUCCUGCAUAUGCAUUUCUUGAGUGCUUCCUCUGCUCCAUUAAGACUGAUUCCAGUGGCUUUAUCCUCCGUGAUAAUGUUGAGAUAACAAGUGUGAAUAGACCUGAAGGGCGGGUUUUCAAUUGGCUCUAUGAGCCAAUGUGUAUCAUGAAAGAACAGAUUAAGAGUCUAAAUUUGAACAAAAAUGAGGAGUUGUACUUCUACAAACACUGCCUCUAUGGAGGUGAACCGGCAAGAAUUGAAUCUUGGCAGAAUGGUGGCAUCCCUCCACAGGAUAAGAUUAAACGAGCUCAGUUGGAGGGUAUAAGUAGAAGGUUGCAGGGCUUUUGUUUGACAUUGUCAAGGCUGCCAACUUCCAGACGUCGCUUCUUUGAGGUUGUGAAAGCUAUUGAGCAAUACUCGAAGGACUUGAACAGCCUUGCGGGUGGAAACGAUGAUAUAGAGGCAGCUAGAUAGGUCCUUUCGACAUGACACAUUGGAAUAUCUACCUCUUAGAUUGCCGUGAAGUAGCUUAUGAUCUGAUCUAUAGAAUACAUAUUUGUAAAUUGCAGUAUCCAUAGUAUGUAUUAGUGCUAAUUCCAUUUGAUUAUCCAUCUAUAUUUCAUGAAGUUUUUAAAGAUAGGCAGCUGAUAUACUCAAGUGUCAGAUUGAGAAAUUCUGGAAUUUGCUUAAUUGCAAUUUUUUCCCCUUAUUUUCUUUCCUUUACUAACAAAUUUUCAUUUGUUAAGUUUAUUUAGCAGAAUAUGCUAUGGUCCAGGUCUGCAGACUCCAUUAGUUGUUCUAUUUUGUCUUGCAAAUCAAGUAAGACAUUGCUGGAAGAGUCAAGGCUAUAUUUAGACAUUGCUGGAAGAGUCAAGGCUAUAUUUUUCAACCGUCCUUACUUCUUCACGUGGCACUUGGCAGAAAUGGUUAAGGCUUGAUUGAUGAGA